UUAUUUUGAAAUUCGAAACAGAGGAGCAAUUUCACCAAAGCUAAAAAGGUUGUCCCGCAAAACCCAACUUAACGCGCUUUCUUCACUCCCCCUCACCACCAAAAUCACCACACAUUUUCUCUCUCCUAGGGUUUCGUUUCCUUCUCCAAAUUUUUCCAACCUUGUCAGCAAUGGCGGAAGUGCUGAACAUGCCCGUCGAACCCAUCGAUAAUCGCCGUCGCAACAAAGACAAACCCGACGAACCUCCCACCGACUCUUCCCCCCCUCCACCACCACCACCACCUAACCGCCGCCGAGAUCGCGAUUCUAGAGAGAGAAGAGACGACCGAGAUUUCGAUCGUCCUCCACCUAAUCGCUACUAUGAUCGCAAUAAUCGAGGUGGUGGUGGAGGAGGAGGAGAGAGAGACAGAGAUUACAACAACAACAACAACAACAAGCGAAAUAGAGGACUUAGCCCUAGCCCUCCUCAUCCUCCCCCUCCUUACCGAGAUAACCGACGUAAUAAUUAUUCUCCCCCUCCUCGACGGUCUCCUCCUUAUCCUCCAUUUAAGCGUUCGAGACGAGACGAAGGUGGAUAUGAUGGAAGAAGAGGGAGCCCCCGUGGUGGCGGUUACGGCCCCGGUGAUCGAAGGUUUGGCUAUGAUCACCCUGGUGGGUAUGACCGUGAAAUGGGAGGCAGGCCAGGUUAUGCGGAUGAUAGGCCGCAUGGUCGGUUUCGUUCCGGUGGCUAUCCUGGUGGCCCAUCUGAUUGGGAUUCCGGGCGUGGGGGUUAUGGUGACUCGUCAAAUCCAGGGAAUGCUCAGAGAGAAGGUUUGAUGAGUUACAAGCAAUUUAUUCAGGAACUUGAAGAUGAUGUGUUACCAGCAGAAGCGGAGCGUAGGUAUCAGGAGUACAAGUCAGAGUACAUUUCAACUCAAAAACGUACAUACUUUGAAUCUCACAAAGAUGAAGACUGGUUGAAGAAUAAAUAUCACCCCGCAAAUUUAUUGACUGUCAUAGAAAGGAGGAACGAACUUGCACGCAAAGUUGCAAAAGAUUUUUUGUUGGACUUGCACAGUGGGAGCCUUGAUAUGGGUCCUAGUGCAAAUGCCUCAACCAUGAAUAAAUCAGGCCAGACUAGUGAACCAAACUCUGAGGAUGAGACAGAUGUUAAUGGUAAACGGAGGCGCCAUGGUCGAGCUCAGGCGAAGGAAGCUGAUAUAUCAGCUGCCCCUAAGGCUCAUCUUGUUAGUUCCGAGCCAAGACGAAUUCAGAUCGAUAUUGAUUUAGCUCAAGCACUUGUCACAAAACUUGACUCUGAAAAGCGAAUUGAGGACAAUAUCUUAUCCAAAGAUGAUACUGACAAAAUGAGUAGAGAUAGAUCACACAGUGGAUCAAUUGGUCCAGUUAUUAUCAUACGCGGAUUAACUUCUGUUAAGGGUCUUGAGGGCAUUGAGCUUCUAGAUACUCUUGCAACUUACCUUUGGCGUGUUCAUGGGGUUGAUUAUUAUGGCAUGAUUGAAACUGCAGAACCUAAGGGCCUCCGGCAUGUGAGAGCCGAGGGGAAAAAUUCUGAUGUUUCUACUAAUGCUGCAGAAUGGGAAAAGAAGCUCGAUUCCCAUUGGCAAGACAGGUUGCGGAGUCUGGAUCCACUUGAGGUCAUGACUGCAAAGGAAAAGAUAGAUGCUGCCGCUGUUGAAGCUUUGGAUCCUUUUGUGAGAAAAAUUAGGGAUGAAAAGUAUGGGUGGAAGUAUGGUUGUGGUGCUAAGAGUUGCACAAAGCUCUUCCAUGCUGCUGAAUAUGUCCACAAGCAUUUGAAACUUAAACAUCCAGAACUCUCGAUAGAUGCUACAACCAAAGUACGAGAAGAGAUAUACUUCCAGAACUACAUGAAUGAUCCAAAUGCUCCUGGUGGGCAACCUGUCAUGCAGCAAUUUGUACCGAAAGACAAGCUGCAAAGACGAAGACCGGGAGCAGACAACCGUUUGAAAGAUGAUCGGGGUAACCGUAGAGAAAGAGACCGAAAUGGUGGUGAGAGAUUUGAAAGACCAGAGAAUCCUCAGGCUGAUUUCCCGCCCAACAAAGAUGGCCCGGACAAGGGCAACUCCGAUGAACCAAUUUUUGAUAAUUUUGGCGGACAGGGCAUGCAUGUUGCACCCUUCGCAACUGAUAUUGCACCCCCACCUGUAUUGAUGCCUGUUCCUGGUGCUGGUCCACUGGGACCUUUUGUGCCAGCUCCUCCCGAAGUUGCAAUGCGGAUGCUACGUGAGCAGGGUGGACCCUCUCCUUUUGAAGGUCCAGGGAGAAAUGGGAUGGGUGCACCUCCAAUUAUUUUACCGCCUUCUUUUCGGCAGGAUCCUAGACGUCUGCGAAGCUACCAAGAUUUGGAUGCACCAGAAGAUGAAGUCACUGUAAUAGACUACCGGAGUUUGUGAAGUUGAUGAGAUGACAUCAAUAGUUGUGCCAUCUGCUGUUUUACUGAUGUAAUUGCGCUGGGUUUUGAGAAUUUGGCAGUGAUGUGUAUGUGAUUUAGAUCGAAUCUGGACUUGAAACCAUGGAUUGGUACUUUGUGUAAAUUAAGACUGCUGUCAUCAUUUUUGGAGGCACUUUUCACUUUUGCAAUUUCGUAUUUGAUUUCAUAAGCCAGUUGUUGAAAAGAGAAGCAGAGACUGACUACAUAGUCAUAGAGUAUGAAAGAUACAUUGAUUUGCCUUCCUGA